AUGCCCUCCACACCAACGCCUACACCUUCUUUAUGCUCUUCCGAGGAUGAAGAAAUCGAAAUUACUACUCUUUCAAACACUGUUGAUACCAACAAGAGUCCUGUUUUUGAUAGUACAGAAUCUUCAGACCUUAUUGAUCAUGAAGUCUUUGAUCAGCUAGUAGAAAUGGACGAUGACGACGAUGAUUUUUCAAGGUCUAUAAUACUGAAUUACUUUGAUCAAGCAGAAUCUACUUUCGGUGAGAUGGAUAAAGCUUUGAAAUCAAAGGAUCUCAAUAAGUUGUCUCAACUUGGUCAUUUCUUAAAGGGUAGCUCAGCAGCAAUUGGUUUAAUAAAGGUAAAAGCAUCAUGUGAGAAGCUGCAACAUUAUGGUAAUCUAAAAGAUGAGACGGGAACAAAAAGCAUCUCAGAAGAACUAGCAUUGCGGAAAAUUGAACCUUUACUAAAGGGCGUAAAAGAAGAAUACAAAGAGGCAGAAGAUUACCUGAGAAGAUUUUAUAGAGAACGAGAAACGUCAAGCUGA